UGUUUUCACUUACAGGAAGUCCUCCAUCAUGUUAGAAGUUAUGGGUUUUUCACGUUGUUUUGCGCGUUAAUUUCGUCACGAUGAGCAGUUUUUGUAGAGAAGUCGUCACUCUGCAGCUCGGACAUUAUUCCAACUUCGUGGGAACCCACUGGUGGAAUUUACAGGAUGCAUCGUUGUCGUACGACCCCGAGUGUCCACCAGGUGAGAUCCAGAGCGACGUCGUGUUCCGUGAAGGACGGACUCUGGGCGGUCACGUCACCUACACGCCUCGACUCAUCGCCAUGGAUCUUAAAGGAAGUCUUCGGACUCUGCGGCAGGAAGGAGGUCUGUACGACGCGGGCAGAGACACCUCCGCUGUCACCUGGGAGGGGAGCCUCAUGAUGCACCAAGAAAGUCCUCCAGAGAAGAACUCCUUCCUGGAAGAUCUGGACAAGCUGGACAAGGGGCAGAUUCUUGCAGAGGCAGAUUUUUCCUCCGGCGCUCAGCCCUCAGGCGCUGUGGGCGUCGACACGAUAAACAGCCGCCUGAUUCAGGUCCAGAAGAGCUACAGGCUGGAGGGCAGCGUGAAGGUGUGGUCCGACUUCCUGCGGAUCCACCUGCACCCGCGCACCGUCUCCGUCAUCCACCAGUACAACCACGACGGCGAGGCUCAUCGUCUGGAGGCGUUUGGGCAGGGAGAGGCUCUCCUGCAGGGGGCGCUGCUCGAGGAGCUGGAGGACAAACUGCACUUCUUCGUGGAGGAGUGCGAUUAUCUUCAGGGCUUCCAGGUUCUGUGCGAUCUGGAUGAUGGCUUUGCAGGCCUAGGGUCAAAGGUCACGGAGCUGCUGCAGGACUCUUACAGAGGGCGGGGCAUCCUGACCUGGGGCGUGGCACCUGUCAGUCACCCUCGUUCAACUCCUCUGGCAGACCGGUACCACCUGCUGAACUGCACUCUGGGUAUGGUCCACAUGGCCGCUCACAGCUCACUGCUCUGCCCUUUGACCCUGAGGGGCGGACUUGGUAGGCGGCCCCCGUCCCCUCCAGAGUUCCCCCACCUGUCUUAUGACCCCUCGCUCUGGUACCACUCCAGUUCUGUCCUGGCUCUGGCGCUGGACGGCCUCACGGUGCCGUACAGGCUGCGGAACAACAGCGCCCCCAUGUGGCAGGUGGCGGACUCGCUGGCCGUGUCUGGGAGGAAGGUGGUUGCCGCGUACGGCGCCGUGCCGUUUCCCAUGAUGUACGGCGACUCUCUGCCCGACGCCCUGAGCGCCUGCGCUGAUGCGUUGCCAUGGAAACCUCUGUCGGCGUGCCCUGAAGCCGGAGAUGGGCGAUGCUACGGGCAGUGGGCCACGCUGAAGGGCCUCGAAGGCCAGAAACUCAUCAGCUGUUUGUCCCCGGGGGUCAAACCGCCGACCCCCCUGCACAGCCUCCACAGUGGUGAGGACGUCCUGUCCGCCUACAUCUCCUCGUUCUUCCCCUCGGCUCCUCUGGCGCUGCAGCUGGUGGCCACGCCCAGUAAGCUGACCCCGCCCUUCCCUCAGAUCUUCAGCCCGUCACUUGGAGCUCAGGGCUUCCUGCAGAGUGGGGUGGCACCCCCAGCUGGCGCUCCGGCGCCGCUCGUCUCCUCCGUCCCCGUCCUGACGUCCCUCCAGUCGGGGCCCACCCUCGACCCCUGGCUCUCAGAGCUGCACCGAGCCGCCGACGCCUUCGACAUCCGCCGAGCCGCCCCCAGCUUCCUGUCCCAGGGGCCUGAGCUGUCAGAGUACCAGGAGACCCUGGAGGAGCUGCGCCUGCUGGCCUGGCGUUACCGUGACGACAGCAGCGGCGUGACGCGCUCCUCCUCCUCUGAGGAAGACGAUGACUGAGAAGCUGGAGGACAACGCUCAGCUGCUUCGGUUCUGUUGAGAUGAACUUCAGGUUCACAUCGCUCAGUCUUCACUCUGGACGGGUCGGGUUCUGAGCUGCGCUGAAGAAUCCAGAACCUUUUAGUUUCCUCCACAAGAUCUGAGGCCGUCAAACCCACAGUAUGGACUCUAGAGCUGGGGGGACAAUCAUUUGCACCGCAGUGCAUCAGGAGCUGGUUCUGACCCAAACUGAGGCAGCAGAGCCUCGUGGUCGGGUCCAUCUCUGGGUAAAACGGCCUCGUCAACGGUUCCUGAGGGUCUUCUCUGUAACAUCACGACUGUAAAUGUAGAUCUUUGAUCCUGGACAAUAUUCAGGUCCCUGACCGGGUGUUUCACGGCCCCCUGCCGGGCCCUGAGCCCAACUUCAGGAGGCACCGGUUCAGAUCAGCUGUUUGAAUCACUGCUCAGUCCACCAGCUGCAGCUCCACCACAUUUAUUUCUUUGGAAGAGAAAAACCUGAUUUAUGACCUCAGCAUGAGACCGAGUUUUAUUUAGAACGUUCUGCUUUUCAUGUCUGUGCCUGUCUACGCUGCCUUCAGGGCCCCCAGGAAAAAACAAAACAUUUGUGACCUUAAAGAAACUUGAAUGAAUAAAGAGUCCAGGAACGGUUCUGUGGAAUCUGCUCAUCUUAUUUUAGC